GCACCGAGUCGGCCUACCGGCGGCGUGCCGUUUCAAACAUUCGAGGCCACCAGUCAGUCGUGCCUGGGUUUCCAUCUGUAGAGGGCAUGUCGUCUCCCUCGGAACGGGUCAAACUCAAGCGGAAGAUCACCCUCGCGAAUGGGGUGGCCAUCAUCGUCGGAACCAUCAUCGGCUCGGGGAUCUUCGUCUCUCCGGCAGGAGUCUAUCUCGAGGCGAAGAGCGUCGGACUCUCACUCCUUGUAUGGGCAGUGUCAGGGAUCUUCUCCACCCUGGGGGCACUGUCAUACGCCGAACUGGGGACGUGCAUCACAAGGUCCGGCGGGGAUUACGCAUACAUCCUGGUUGCGUUCGGCGACCUGGCUGCUUUUCUGCGUCUGUGGACCGCUCUGUGGGUAAUUCGUCCGACGACGCAGGCAAUCGUCGCUCUCACCUGCGCCCAAUACGCCGUGAAGCCGUUUUUUCCCGAUUGCGAACCACCGCAGAUAGCCAUCACCACACUCGCAGCAGUGGUUUUAAGUUUCUUAAUGGCCGUCAACUGCAUGAGUGUGAGGGGUGCCAUGGCCGUGCAGAACGUGUUCACCGCGGCGAAAUUAUUGGCUCUCCUACUGAUCAUUAUAGCCGGCCUAUACCAUAUAGCAACAGGACAUCUCACCUAUUUGGCCAAUCCUUGGGAAGGCAAUUAUUCGGUGACCUCCAUUUCGAAAGCUCUCUACUACGGGCUUUUCGCAUUUGGGGGAUGGAACUAUCUAAAUUUCGUCACGGAAGAACUUCAAGACCCAUACAAAAAUCUGCCAAGGGCAAUUUGGAUUGCAUUGCCAUUAGUUACUUUGAUGUAUGUCGCAGCCAAUUUGGCAUACUUUGCAGUUCUACCUCCAGCAGACAUGACCUCUCCUUCGGUAGCUGCUACUUUUGGGGAGAAAAUGUUUGGUAACCUGUCCAUCUGUGUGCCUAUAUUUGUAGUGCUGUCCACUUUUGGCGGUGUGAACGGCAUUUUGUUCACAUCAGCCAGACUUUUUGUCACUGGGGCCCAGGAAGGCCACUUGCCAUCUUUUUUCAGCUAUAUUCAUGUUCAAAAGUGCACACCUAUCCCAUCGCUUCUUUUCACUGGUGUUACUUCGAUAGCGAUGGCGUAUUGGGGUGAUGUCUUCCUUCUAAUUUUCUAUGUCAGCCAUUUACACUGGCUCUCGGUCGGAGCAUGCAUCCUUGCUCUCCUCUAUCUGCGUAAAACGCAGCCUGAUCUUCCUAGGCCUAUAAAAGUUAAUCUAGCUCUUCCGAUUAUUUUCCUCGCCUGCUGCAUUUUCCUAGCGAUUGUUCCUGCUAUUGAGGAACCACUACAAACAUUUAUAGGUAUUUUAAUCGUACUAAGUGGUAUCCCAGUGUAUUAUUUGUGCUUCAAGAGAGACAGAUCUAAAAAGUUGGACGGGUAUAUAGAUCACUUUUCAUUAUUUGUCCAGAAGCUUUUGAUUGUGAUGCCUCAGGAAGAAGAGAGUAAAUAAAAUGGCGUAUACCACUGUCAGAUUACGCUUACAUUCCUACAUCCGUUUACAUUAAAUGACAAUUAAAAAUAAAAGACAGUUGUUAUUUUUUAGCAAAACUUUUGUAAAAUAUUUUGUAAAUA